UUUCAGGGUGACUCCUCUCAGACGAGCUGGAGUCUGUCAGUGACAUCGUCCGCAGGUGACACCCUUCCCAUGGUGCCCUGCAGCAUCCGGGGUCGCCAUGGGAGACGAGUUGUACCCAGAAUGCCGAGCUCAGGAGCUGUUUGAUGAGUUUGUGUCGUCGUCGACCUGCCGGGCGGCGCUAGGGUCCUUCAGCCAGCUGUGUGAACAUCUGCAGCUGGACCGGAGCGACGGCGGCAGUGUGUGAUAAUCGGGGCGGGGCCCUGCGGUCUGAGGGCGGCGGUGGAGCUGAGCUUUAUGGGAGCUCGAGUGGUGCUGCUGGAGAAGAGAGACUCGUUCUCCAGGAACAACGUGCUCCACCUGUGGCCUUACACCAUCCACGACCUGCGGGGCCUCGGGGCCAAAAAGUUCUACGGAAAGUUCUGCGCCGGCUCCAUCGACCACAUAAGUAUCCGUCAGCUGCAGCUGGUCCUGCUAAAGGUCGCCUUACUGCUGGGGGUCGAAGUCCAUGUCAAUGUGGAGUUUAAAAACCUGGUGGAGCCGCCAGAAGACCAACAGAGACACAAGGUGGGCUGGAGGGUGGCGGUGAAACCAAAGUCUCAUCCCGUCACUCAGCUGGAGUUUGAUGUCAUCAUUGGAGCAGAUGGACGCAGGAACACGUUGCCAGGGUUCCGGCGUAAAGAGUUCAGAGGGAAGUUGGCGAUCGCCAUCACAGCAAACUUUAAGAACCGAAACACCACGGCUGAGGCCAAAGUGGAGGAGAUCAGCGGAGUGGCUUCUAUCUUCAACCAGAGGUUCUUCCAGGAACUACGACAGGAAACAGGCAUCGAUCUGGAGAACAUCGUUUACUAUAAAGACGACACGCACUACUUCGUAAUGACGGCAAAGAAACAGAGUCUGUUGGAGAAAGGAGUCAUUAUACAGGACUUCGCAGACACUGCGCUGCUUCUCUCUCGAGGGAACGUGGACCAGAAGGCAUUGCAGAUGUACGCCCGCGAGGCUGCUGAUUUCUCCACCAAUCACCAGCUGCCGUCUCUGGACUUCGCCAUGAAUCACUACGGUCAGCCCGACGUCGCCAUGUUCGACUUCACCUGCAUGUACGCAUCGGAGAACGCCGCCUUGGUUCGCCAACGCCACGGACACCAGCUGCUGGUCACACUGGUGGGAGACAGUCUGCUGGAGCCCUUCUGGCCUAUGGGAACAGGAAUAGCUCGAGGUUUUCUGGCCGCUCUCGAUUCUUGUUGGAUGGUUCUCAGUUGGUCUCAGGGAGGAGCUCCACUGGAUGUCCUUGCUCAGAGAGAGAGUGUGUACCGUCUCCUCCCUCAGACGACUCCAGAGAACCUGCAGAAGAACUUCAGUCUGUUUACAGUCGACCCGACAACCAGAUACCUGAACAUCAACAGACUGCUGGUCACACCUGCUCAGGUGAGACACCUGGUGGACGCAGGAGAGGAGGCAGGGCUAAACACAGACUGUGGUGACAUCAAAUGUCUACCGUCGCACAGAUUCCUCCGACAAGAUUCUUUCUCUCAGUCCAAUAAGCUGCUGUCUUGGUGUCAGGAGCAGACUCGUGGUUACCGUGGCGUUGCCGUUAGCGAUCUUACUACUUCCUGGAAGAGUGGCCUCGCUCUCUGUGCUCUGAUUCAUCGAUAUCGACCCGACCUCAUAGACUUUGACUCUCUGGACGAGUCGUCGGUGGAAGAAAACACUCGCCUGGGCUUCGACGUUGCAGAACGAGAGUUCGGGAUUUCUCCUCUGAUGACGGUGGACGAGCUGUCGUCGGUGGGAGAACCCGACUCUCUGUCUAUGGUGAUGUACCUGACUCAGUUCUACCAGCUGCUCAAAGACACGCCGCCCCCUGCUGGUUGUCUGACUCAGACUUCUGACCUGAGAUCAGCUCUCAUCACGCCGGCCUCCCUCCUCAGCAGACUGGGCCUCAGUCCGUCCAGAAAGAGAAACCCAAAGGAGCAGAAAGACGCUCGGGGUAAGAGGAGGAAGACCAGUCAAGCGUGCGCAGAGCAGCAGGAGCUGUGGGACCUGAACGGCGUCGUUGACGGACAGCUGUGUGAUGAGGCGUUUGUGGGCGGGACCAGUCGCUCCAGAGUGCGUCUGAUGGCCAAUCAGCUGCAGGCGAAGCUGGACGAGAGCUCCCCUUCUUCUUCUUCUUCUGCAUCUGCUGCUGCAUUACGUCGACAGGUCAGAUCAGAACAACAUCAAUCACAGGGGGAGCUGCUGUCCAGCCUCCCUCCCUCCCAACAGUCUCCAGACUGUGAGCUGCCUGCAGCCCCACCUGACAUGUCAUCAUGGAGACCGGUAAAGUGGGGGAGGUUUUAUUGUCUUCAGCACUUCGACUCCCGCCUGAGCGCUCCGGCUGCGAGGAAGCGAGCGGCGCCGUCUGAGGGAGCGCCUUCACAGCGAACAUCAAUCGCGUCUCUGGUUCCACCUCCAUCACUCUCCUCUGCAGACUCUCUGAUCUCUGCCGACCGCCGUCGGUCCUCAGUUGUUUCUGUGAUGGUGGGGACGCCGGAGAGGAUCGAGCUGGAAAACUACCGGCGGAGCUCGACGAAGGUGGAGGCAGAGCUGCUGGAGGAGCCCGAGGAGCCCGAGGAGGUCUCUGAGGAGAUACUGAACCGGUUCAACUUGAGCCUGGACGAGAAGAUGAACCACAGAUCCAGUUCAGAGUCGGAGAUGGAGGAAGAGGAGGAGGAAGAGGGCGGUGGUCGACAUCGCGUGACCUCAGAGAAGGCCAGAGCUUCAUGGAGGGAAACUCUACAGCUCCACCUGAGAGACGACCAGGAGGAGGAGGAGGAGGAGGAGGACGACGACGAUGAGGAGGACGAGGAGGGAGAGGUGGAGGAAGAGGAAGAGGAAGAGGAGGGAGGCAGUGAGGUGGAGUCCAGUGACGAGGGCGAGUACAGCCCCUGGGACAUGGAGCGGCACUCUGGCCUCUGGCUCCUUUUAGAGGAAGAAACAGAGGACGAGUUUCCUCUCCUCUCUCAGAGCGUCUCCUCAGCAGCAGGAAGUGACAUCACACACUGUGACACACCUGUUGGCUCCGCCUCCAGCCCGCUGCCCUGCGUCGCCUCCCUCACUCCUGCGUCUGAGACUCCGCCCACCGCCAACACGCCCUCCACCGCCUCCUUCGUCACCACGCCUAGCUCCGACAGCGACCCGGCUCCGCCCACACAGCUUUCACCUGUUGUUGUCAUGGAAACGGCCACUCAGAGACACGCCCCCCGGCAGCCUGUGGAAGGGCGGGGCUCGUUUGAUGACAUCAGUCCAGAACUACCGCAGCAGAAGCCCCUCCUCCUACAGGGGAGAGGGGCGGAGCCAGAGGAGGAGGAGGAGGAAGAGGCGGCGAAGAGCCGGAGGAGACACAGAGGAGCACACAGCCUCCCCCCUCGCCUCCUCUUCCCCCCUCUGCAGGGCGGCCCCGGGGCUCUCCUCCUACAGCUGAAGGGGCUGAGAGAGGCUCCGCCCACCAGACAGGUGGAGGUGGAGGAGGGCGGGGCCAGAGCAAUGUGGAGGGCGAUGUUCUCCGGAAACAGGAAGGAGAAGAAGAAGAAGAAGAAGUGGAGUCAGACUUUACCUCCAGGUGCAGAGAGGAAGGACGCAGCCAAUCAGAGGAGAGCUACAGAUGGGAGAAGAGGUCUGACAGAAGAGUCUGAUCUGGAUUCUUCAGUUCUGCUACAGAGGUGUUCCCUGGGACCCAGAAACAACAGACGCUCUCUGAAGGAAAAAGUUCCCAUCCAGAACUCUGAUGGAUCAUCCUCCUGUCCCACCGAGGUGGUUGGGGUCCUGGUCCAGCCAAAGGAGCCAUCCAGUCUGAGCGUGAAGGAGACCAUGUUCGAGAAGGGACGAGAGGACGAGGAAGCCCUGGAUGCCAAAAUCACCAGACGAGUUCAGAGAGUGGCUCGAAGAAAGGCCAAACAGGAGCAGCUGAAGAGACUCCACAAAGCCCAGAUGAUCCAGAGGCAGCUGCAGCAGGUGGAGGAGAAGCAGAGACAGUUGGAGGAGAGAGGAGUGAUGGUGGAGAAAGCUCUGAGAGGAGAAGCAGAUUAUUGGGGAGACUCGAACAACGACCACGAGCUCGAGCUUCACCUGGAAGGACUGGGUAAACUGGAUAAUCCAGCUCUGAUGCAGCAGUGGUUCCAGCUGGUCCAGCAGAAGAACUCUCUGGUUCGAUAUGAGUCUGAACUCAUGAUAUUUGCUCGAGAGUUGGAGCUGGAGGACCGACAGAGUCGUCUUCAGCAGGAGCUCAGAGAGCGGAUGGCUGUGGACGACCACCUGAAGGAGGAGUGGGAGCUGGUGGAGGAGCGUCUGAUCCUGGAGGAGAUGUUGGAGGUGGUGGAGCAGAGAAACUCGCUGGUGUCCCUGCUGGAGGAACAAAGACUGCAGGAACGAAAGGAAGACCAGGACCUGGAGGAGGUCAUGAUGACCCGAGGACUGGGACUCAGCUGGUCCUGAAACCGGAAGUGUCUCUGCAGAACCUGGACUAAGUCUGACUAUCAGUGAUCAAAGAUUGAUUCAUCGAAAACCAGGAGGACUCUUCCAAGAGCCGAAACCAGGUCCCAACUGAGUUCUUUUCCCACAUCCUCCUUUAACAGUCGGUGCUGGAAGCUUGGUGACCUGUGGAGUUGGUUAACUACUCUUGCUAAAUAGCCCAUCAAGCUAUCUGGCUUCCAAACUGUGAGUUAGUAAGCCAGUUAGCUUGGUUGCUAAUCCGUCGAUAAGUUAGUUAUGUUAAUAAAUAAUGUAAACUAAUAAGCUACGAUCCAUUUUGGACUCACUGUCCUUGUUAUUGACCCUUCCUAAGUCCCGCCCCUUUUUGCUCUGUGCUCCAAUCACAGUUGAGCAAGCCUCGUUCAACUAGAAGAAACCUAAGCGAACUAGCUAUCUAACAGGAACCAUCAAACAUUUUCAGCUUAUUGUUUAUUGAAAGAAUGAAAUGUUCAGUAUUAAAUAGAGUUUCUGAGUUUAUCAGAUCAUUAAUUAAAUUUAACAUUUAGAUUUUUGUGCCAACACCAUCAGCUGUUGAUCACCUGUCGGCCUUAUUUCACCUGAUCAAUAUGUUUAUUAAUCCUGUUGAUUCUGAUGGUUGUUAAUGUAACUUAAACUGCACUGAAAAACAAGUCUGACUUUAUACCUUCUUAUAUAAUAAACGA